AUGAACGCCACUCUGCGCGUCGUGGAGGACAUCGAGCGCUACUACACGCCCGUGCUCAUCCUCCUGGGCUCGGUGGGCAACUGCGUGUCCGUCGUCGUGUUCUUCUGCACCAAGCUGCGCAAGCUGUCGUCCAGCACGUACCUCGCGGCGCUCGCCGCCAGCGACACGGCCGUGCUCGCCUGCCUGCUCGCCAACUGGCUCGACAUGGUCGCCGACACCGACAUCAAGUCGCGGCCCGUCGUCUGCGAGGCCUUCCACUUCGUUCUGUACGCGUGCUGCUUCCUGAGCGCCUGGCUGGUGGCCGCCUUCACCGUCGAGCGCUUCUUCGCCGUGCUGUACCCGCUGCGGCGGCCGUCCGUGUGCACGGUGGCGCGCGCGCGCCAGGUGCUGGCGGCGCUGACCGUCUGCGCCGCCGCCGCCUCCACGCCCGUCGUCUUCGUCGUCAAGCUGCAGCCCAAGCCCAACUCCUCCGAGCUGGUGUGCGACCUGGACCAGGAGCGCCGCGGCCUCGCGCACGCCUUCAACUACGCCGACACCGUCCUCACGUUCGUCGUGCCCUUCGGCGUCAUCGCCAGCCUCAACAUGUGCAUCGUGAGCGCCGUGUGGCGGCUCGCGUGGGUGCGCCGCUCCAUGACCUUCACGUCGACGGCGCCCCGCGGGGACGCCGCGCCCGCCUCGUCGUCGUCGCGCAGGAAGCACCAGCAGCACCUCCGCUCGUCCGGCUCGCAGUCCAAGGUCACCAAGAUGCUUCUGGUCGUGUCCACGGUCUUCCUCAUCCUCAACCUGCCCGGCUACCUCUUCCGGAUCGUCGGCUACGUGCAGGUGAGUCACACGCACAUGGUGAUUUUUCUGGUUCGUCACGUGUGCAUGCUGCUGUACACCACCAACUUCGGCAUCAACUUCGUGCUGUACUGCGUCAGCGGCCAGAACUUCCGGCGCGCGCUGCAGUCGCUGUGCUGCCCGCGGCGCCGCCACAACCCGGACACGCCGCCCGCCACCACAGUUUGGUUCGCGCCAUGGAUGGACCUGGACGAGCUGGACGAGCUGGAACGCGCUGUUGCAGUGGUGUCGGAGAUGCUGCGGUCCAGCGGCUCGGUGGCGCACCGCCGGGUCGCCACGCUGAACGGCGCGGCGGCCGCCACGCCCGGCGGCUGGCGCGACGCCCACGAGCUCCUGCCGCUGUCCAAAGGUCAUGGCAACCCCGCCGCCCCUGGAUGUUUGCGAGCCCGUCUCUCUGUGACGUGGACCCGGCGGCCGGCUGUCGCGCGGGCCAACUCCCCGCCCCGAGGAGAUACGGUCCCCGGCGGCUACGCCUUAAAUCACCGCCGCGUGUUUGAUAAGGCAUCUCCCGCGCUGUUUGAGCACGCAAAACACCGCGUGACGUCACGAGACCACGCCGCCGGGCGGCAGCCGGCGGACAGGCGGGUCGAGAUGUGUCCUGCGCGGCGACGCUCGCUAUUCAUGAGCGGCCCCUGUCCUGCCGGUCGCGAGGAGCGGGAGGUGACACCUCAUACCUCAUCGGUCACGCUCGGGGCUCCCGGUGUAAUUGCGAGUUGA